CAGGCAUUGAAACAAGAACAAAACCAAAACGUGCAACGACAAAGGAAGUAUGCUUGCUUGUUCUCAUGAAAUUUUGGAGUAACGAGGCACAGCUCUGAACCUCCGAUACAAAGAAAAUGUUGUUCCCAGGUCAGCCAGGUGACUGUACUAAUACUAUCGACCAAGAAAAUAAACCUUUCCGUAAAACUGUCAAGGUUUCGUCAUAAGAGGUACCUGCUACAACUAUCAACCUUGGUAACCGGAUUACGACACACACACACUUGAAAUUAUAAUGAUAAUUAAAAAGAAAAACUACUUGUGGCAAGUGAAGUAUACUAGAGUUGAUUAUAUUACCUCCGAGGUUAACACCCCGGCCAUGGAUGUCCAUCGAAUCUGCUCGUAGCCAAUCUGACGUAAGGAGUUCUUAGUAGCUGUUAACAAUUAUCGUAUCUUCUUAUUGAUAACAAUUUUUUUCCAUGAAACGUGGCCUAAGCUUUUGGUCCAAACAUUUUUAUUGGUCCGUGCUAAUGAGACAUGGGCGUGAUAUUGAUAUUAGCCCCGCCUACUACAGUUUCUUCUAAGUGUGACAUUUUCCCGCACUGAUUGGAUUGGUCCGUAAGGAAGCGAUAUGGGCGUAACCAUAAUGUUUCCCAAAUCGUGUGCGAAAAUUAAGAUUUAUUUAAUUAGUGCUCAUCCUUUGCUUAUCAUUCAUUGGUGUACUCACCCAAGUUUGCUGAUUGCAAGGUAGAACAUCUAGUCGUCUACCAGAAUAGCAACAUGUUUGUUGGAAAGAGUGUUCCCACCCUCCUCACGGUCGUGUUGGUGACACACACUGUGCUUCGAUGCUCUGCCCAGAAUGAUUAGCCUGUUGGUACGUACGGACUUCCUAAGCCAAACUCUGGAUGUCCUACUGGCUGGAGCGAAGGAUACAGAUACCAUGAUACCGAAGAAGGCUACCCAGGCAACGCUUGGAGCGACCCUCUAGAUCUCGAUGGCACUUGGGACCAGGCCAGCAUGGAGUAUAAAUUCUGUAUGAAAACCCAAAGUAGCUCAGCCGAAGACACCUGGCCAGCGGGAAGCUAUUGCAUCUAUAAAAAGGGCGAUUGUCCAUCAGGAUUCGUGUCUGGCUCUAUAAGGUGGGAUGAUGAAAAUAGCCGCAAUGGUAACAGAGCAGGCGGUACUCUCCCAGACGGGACCUACGACCAUAAUACAGUAAUCUUCUUCUGCUGCAGAAGUGACGGCGUGACCAGCCAAGCUAUCUCCCUCCCAAGAGGCGAUUUUUUUUAUGUUGCUCUCACGCUUCGACAGUUGUCAGCAGGCUUUGCAACCGGCCAGGAUACGUUUAUCCACUGGGAUGAUGAGGAUGAUGACAAUGAAAACACGUGUGGGGGUGUCUUACCAGAUGGCAGAUAUCACGUGGACACCAGGAUUCAGUUCUGCUGCCGUGGGGAUGGCGUCACUUCGUUUGGAAUUUCUCUUCCUACCUUUAAUACUUUCUACCUGUUCGCCCUUUCUAGUACAUGCCAAGAGGUUGACGGCAUGGCAGUGACACCUGAAUGGUUCCGCUGGGACAACGAGAAUUACGACAAUGUCGACCUUCAAUCUGAGGAGCACCCCUAUGAAGGUAUACAGAGUGGUGGUGAGAAUGUCAGACUUACCCUCUGCUUCUACGUACCACAGUAACCAUCCUGCAGUCUUCUUGGAACGUGCGAACCUUUACGCCAAGUAAAUUUGAUUCCUAGCUUCUCGUCCCCAUUUUGAAAAUAAUGAGAAAGAGGGCUCUCCAAUUCAAAUUUGGUUAAUUUCAACUCAUAUUUUCUUUUAUCUGAUUUAAUUUGAUUGUACAUGCAAUCCAGAGGCUUACAACGAAAUAACGUUGAAUUAAUGAGUUUGGUUACCUCAAUGUCCACAUAUAUCAAGAGCUUUUCAUAUUCAUUUUAGAAAUAAUAUAUCAAUCAAUAAAAGAAAUGAGGCGGCCCGGAAAAAUAGGAAAGAAGCUGGGUUGAGAAACUAGGGAAAUUAUUUCUAUUUGGCCUUUCCAACAUGGCCGAUUAGAAAUGAAUGAGGUAGAAGCUUUUUCUUCUUUUUUUAUAUUCAAUUUUAAAGAUUUUGCUAUUAAUCCUCUCUGUUACACAUCAAUAGUAAAUCAAUACAUACGGACUAAUAAUUUCAAUGCUUUGUGUAAGAUUGCUUAGUUGAUAGCCUUAAAGGGAUAGUUGAGUUCUGUUGCAGAGGGCGCUACACAAAAUAUUUUUUUUGUGAGAUAAUGAAAGACUGAGUGUCAAAUUAGAACGAACAUAAUA